AUGGAUUCCGCAGAUGAUGCUUUGGCGAGCGCAUCUACUCAUCUCGACCGAGCACCACUCAACGCUUACAGCACCACUGAGCUUCACCACCAAGAUGGGCAUCUCACUCAAAAUCUCAUAGAUGCUGACAAUGAAUCUACAUCAUCACCCGUUGACGCAGACUCCAAGGUUCUGGCUAAAGUUCGAACUAUCACCACAAAGGUGAAAGCAAAACUACAUCCCAGAAAGCAUGAUGAGACAUUCAUACAUGAUGACCAACGCGUGAUUGAGGGAGCCAAGAUAGCUCCAACCUUAGCACCACCUGCGCCGACUGCAAGGGAUGAGGAUCGUUUAUUUAACGCUCUACCAGAGAAACCAAGCGGCCCUUCUCUCAAACAAGUGGUGGCUUAUCCUGUGAACACUGUCAAAUCGGCUGUCGGACGACAAGGGGGAGAUGCUUAUGCAGAGAACCUAGCCAAGACAGACAUCACACAUGGUGCCAACGUCAAUAUUGUUCGAGCCUACGAUAUCAUCGCCAACACCACAACAGACGCAGACAGGGUGCAGGCCAUGCAAGAUUUAGAGCGACUGAAAAAAUCUAGACAGGACUCGUUCGUUCGCUGGACAAUGAAUCGGCAUGUGCAAUUGGUGAGGAGAGUUGAAACCGACAAGCUGCCUCGACGACCGAGGACGGAAUUCGUCGAGAAAAUUGAUCAUGACAGAUAUAGAACACAAUGGAAGGAAUAUGGUGACUAUCUCCUUCACUUUUAUAUCGAGCGCUACGGAGCCCAAUAUAUAGGCACCUCCGAUGAAUUGCCCAAAGCGACCGAAGGCGCUAUCAUCUCUGUUUUGGAGAGAGUCGUCCUCACAUCGGCACCUUAUCAGAAAUUCUUGAUGAAAUCGAGUGAAGUUUCAUUGUGGAAGCAGCCGGAACGCUCCGCCUGCUACAUGGCAGUGUACUUUAUCCUCUGGUGGUACGAUUGCCUGGCUGGAUCUGCGCUCCUCGCGCUUCUGGGGUUAGUGAUAAAGCGUCGUUCUUGUCAUCCUACGAUCGAAGAACUUCGCCAAGAGCUUGAGCGGUCUGAGAAUCCAGAUCUCACAGCUUGGAGCAUACCUCAGCUAAUCGAGCAGCACGGAGCACAGGGAUGGGUGAGUGCAUUGGUAGAGAAGACAGGACCAUCAGUAUUGUUGCAGCUGGAGGAUAUGGCGAACUUCCUGGAAGUCCUUCAAAACUUCUAUGAGUGGCGUGAUCCUAACCACACUAAGGCUUCACUCGGAAAGCUGGCGAUGCUAUCGCUUGUUGUCAUCUUUACCCCGUCGCGAUUGCUUGUCAAGAGCUUUCUUUUCGUGAUAGGGCUCAUCUUCUUCGUCCUGAUGCCAUUAUGGCAUCGAUACCCUCAAUACAGGCUACUGACAUCACCGAUGAAACUGAUCUUUUGGAAGGUUCCAACUCACGCUGAAUGGGCAGUUGCACGCCUACAAGCAGAAGCCGCCUUUCAACUUGAAGCGAUGCAAUCUGCGGCGUCUGGAGCCAACGAUCAGGGGAGUACAGCCAUGGAUGACGCCUCUACUACAAACAUAGCAGACACCCCUGUGCAUGAUGGCGAACACCCAGGCACGCUAGUUGGACGAUACCACUGCACAAGCCGCAACCGCCACGGCAACCUGACCGUAACCACCCAAGACGUAUCAUUCAAGCCGCACCUGAGCAAAGACCGGAGCUGGCGGCUGAGAUAUGAUCAACUCAAGGCAAUCAAGAAGAUCGUCGGAACCUCAACCAUCUCUUCCGGUGAUGAUCUCCUCUUCACCGAUACCGAGGAUAAUGAAUUCAGAACCGUGGGCCUGAGUAAUAGAGAUCAGGUCUUUACCCAGAUUGUCGGGUAUAGCAAUGGUGGAGGUGGGAUUGGAUGGCAGGUCAAUACUUGA